UACAGCCAAUUGACCAGCACAACACCCGCGACGUGACUCUAGAGCUCCCAUUCACCAGUAGUGGCGCUGCACAACAUCGUCAUGUCGAGCCAACCUCUCCUUCAAACUGCUCCGGGCAAGCGCAUCGCCCUCCCUACCCGCGUCGAGCCCAAAGUCUUCUUCGCUAACGAGCGUACCUUCCUCUCAUGGCUCAAUUUCACCGUCGUCCUCGGCGGCCUGGCCAUUGGUCUCCUCAACUUCGGCGAUAAGGUGGGAAAGAUCAGCGCUGGCCUGUUUACUGUCGUUGCUAUGAUGGCCAUGAUCUACGCCCUGUUCACAUUCCACUGGCGCGCGAAGAGCAUAAGGAUGAGGGGCCAGGGUGGUUUCGACGACAGGCUCGGUCCUACCAUCCUUACACUGGCGCUGUUUGCGGCAGUUGUUGUCAACUUUGUGUUGAGAUUAACCAUGGCUGAUGGCAAGAAGCACUAAAGGAGCAAUGCAAUGCGCUGGCAGCAGGAGGUGUUAAGAGUUGCAGUACAACAGAAAGGCAUUAGAUAGGGUGCGGAAAAGGCUGAUGGUUAGGAGUGCUGCCAGAAGAAAAAGAAGAAGGGAACGACGUGAGGUGUGGACUGAAGCCCCUCGGCGUGACGUCGAAACGAAGGCGCGGUCAUGUUG